AUGGCAAGCACGAACUCCGGCUCAAACGGCGAGCCAGGAGGCUUCUCUAACGAGGUCGGUCCGUCAACCUCCACAUCAGCUAAACCUGCUAAGCGCAAGUCAGAAAAGGCUCGUAGCUCGCCCGCAACAGCAGAUACUCUCGAUGCAAACGGAACAAAACCACUCGCCCGCGCCGUGCUUGUCUGCAAAAGGUGUCGAUCCAAGAAGAUCAAGUGCGACCAGGCCUUCCCUGCCUGUGGAUCAUGUGUCAAGGCGGGCGAGCCAUGUGUCGGCAUCGAUUCGGCCACGGGAAGAGAAGUGAGCCGUAGUUACAUUGUCGAUCUCGAACAUCAACUUGCAGAGCUACGCGCUCAGAAUGCCGAGCUCGAGCGUCUGCUGGCCGAGCGAUCCGCCUCUAGACCUGCCGAUGAGGCCUCCUUGGGACUCAAGCGACCGCUGCAACAUGUCAAGCACGAGUUUCCGCUGGACCGAUCCGAGUCAGCUACAUCGCCUGAGCUUCGGCCUUCGAAACGACUCGCUACCUCGCCUCGUGACGAGCGUGGCCAAGAGUCGUCCAACCCCCUUUUAUCAGGCCUUCUUCUGGGGCCGUCUGGAGUUGAGGUUCUGCCUUCAAAACCAGAUGAUCAACAGGCACCCAGCCUUCUUCGUCCGUCAUUGGGUCGCCUCCACUCCCACGCAAGUGGACUGUCUCCAGCCCGUCUGCUUUGUCAGGCGAUUCAGCAGUCCGCACAAGCAGGUCUGCGCAUUCGCGACCCUGGAUCUUCCGCUCGCGCCAGACGAUUUGGUGCGCAGACUCUUAGCGAAGACCUAGGCAGACGAGCAAGGAGCAACGCCAGAGAACCUUCUCAGCUCCCCUUUGAAUCGAAGGAGAACGCCAGCAAAAUUGAAGCGAGGAACGGCUCUCCUCACAGUGGCACUGCUACACCUUCCGAAAGCAAGAAGUACUCGCCCUUUGACGAUGGAGACCCUAUGCAGUAUGCCACUGCCACCGAAACUGCCGACAUCACUGUUCCCGCGCCUGAGCAGGCGUUGAAGCCGUCUCCGCUGCCUGCACCCUUCCCGCCUCUGUCGAUCGCCCGCAAGUUGAUCGAUGCCUACUUCGAGCGUGUCAAUCCACAGCUCCCAAUUCUUGAUCGAUCCUCGUUCAUGGCUCGAUUUGAAAAGGCUUGCAGAAUUGGACUUGAGAAAGCAAGGACCAAGCUUUCACCCGAGGAAUUGAACUACCAAGGAGACGAUGAUGACAAGCUCACCAUCGAAUUGCAGCCUGCCGAUGGCCACCUCUUCCAUCUCGUCUUUGCCAUCGCUGCAGCGAUGGGAUGGACUCGCUCGAGUUGGAGUGCUGAGAACCAUCACGAGGCAGCGAUGCGCUUCCUGGAUCCGCGACGACAUGCCAACUCUGGUAUGGAAGGCAACGUCGGAGCCAUCAUGGGUCGAGAUGCACUCGAGCAGCUUCAGUGCCUCUUGCUUACAGCCCUCUACUCCAUCAUGCGACCCAUGAAGCCAGGUGUUUGGUACUGUCUCGGCGUUGCUCUACGUCUCACAACGGGAAUCGGACUCUACACUGAGACUCCAGGCGUACUUGAAGCGUCCAGUAGCAUUUCUCAAGAUUCAGGCGAGUCGCUCAUCGAAAGAAAGCGGCGACUCUUCUGGUGUUCGUAUGCGCUUGACCGACAAGUCUGCGUCCAUCUUGGUCGUCCUUUCGGCAUCGCUGACUCCGACAUCAAAGUGAACUUGCCAUGGGUGGACAGCGAGACGGACAUGAUCAAGGUUCCGAUUGGUGACGGCCAAGGUCGAGUUCAGGGCGCUGAGGCUGCUGAAGACGACGUUGACUCAUUGACCGAAUUCGCGCGAAGAGAAGCCGCAUCGACGUUGGCUGCGCUUCAAUCGAGCACCACCGAUCAAGCUUCGCCCGGACCAGUUUCGUUGCCAAAGCCGAAGGAUGCAAGCCGAUGGGUCUCCCUGUCAUUCUUCCGCAUGCGACUUCUCCAGUCCGAAAUCCAAUCCAUGCUCUACCAAAAUGCAGAACUUCCUCGUCGCUUUGAUUCCUAUGCACACUGGAAGACCGACAUCCUUCGGAGGCUGCACGCUUGGCGACGAUAUGCGCCUUCGUCAAAGCAAGACCUCGAAGCCAGCGAAUGCGGCUACAAUCCCAUCUUCCUCGAUCUCAACUAUCAACAGACUUUACUCAUGGUCUAUGGUCUCAGUCCUCGCUUUCCUCACGCUUCUCGGAAGGACCUCGCCAACGUUGAAGACUGCAGUCGCAGCAUCAUCAACAUGUACGCCACCUUGUCCAAGGAGGGCCAAAUGAACUACACCUGGAUGACCGGGCACAACGUCUUUAUUGCUUGCACCAGCUACCUUUACGCAAUCUGGCAGAUCAGCGCCACAGACCCUAGCUCUUUCCGUUCCAGCUUGACGCUGGGCUUCCGCAACAAGGUCGACGAGAUUCAUCACUUUGCCGCCGCUUGCGACAAGGUCUUAGCCUCUCUCCAAUGGGCUACGGCUGAGAAGUGUCGCAAGUGUCUGCGCACAAUGUUCUACGCUACCUCGAUGGUGGUCGAAAAGAUUGACAGAUCGGCUUCCACUCGAGGCGGCGGCCAGGCGAGGGCCGAUGCUGCAUCCGAUCGUCUCAACGAGGAUUCCAUGGAAAGCAAGAGGGCCGGCGACAGUUCUGUUGCUAAGACGCAAACGCAGCCUCGAACACAGGUUCAUGCGGAACACACACCAGCCCAUGUGUCGCAGGCGUCAAAGCGUGUCGGUCCCUCGUCCCCAUCAGCGCCAGCCUGGGCUUUAUACGCACAAGAACGAGAUUGGCGUUCAUCAGCGCCGAACAACACGAUCGAAUCGGCUCUGGCCCCGCCUCAUGGCGACCUGUCUCAUUCACCAGCGUGGACGCAGAGACCGCAGGGCCGAGCGUCGCCCGUUCCCGCCACUGCUUGGCCUUCGGACUCGGAAGCAGCGAGCUACCGUAGAGACAGCGGCUCCGGUCGCAGGAUGCAUUCGAACUUCGGGGAGCGAAGCAGACUUGCGUCGAUGUCGGCAGAUGCUUAUGCUAGCGAUGCGACAACACCCAGCCGAGGUUUGGACAUGGGUUCGUCUCUGGUUGACGCUCCGAACACUGGCAAUAGUUGGUACGGUUUUGGCUCGGAGGCCAGCCCGAAGAUACUUUUCCCUGACAGCCCAUCCAACAUAGAUAUUUCGUCCUUGAUGGCCACUUCUGCGAUGGAGCUCGAUUCCCUAUUCAGGGAAGCAGGGAUGUCUGCAGGUCCAGCUGGGGAGCAGCGUGGAUGGAUGAAUAGCGAAACCAUUCUCCAACAAGGAGGAUCAAUGACAGCGACCAACUUUGGAUUCGGAGAGAGCAGAGAGCAGCCUGCCUCACAGUAUGGGCAGAGUGCACGACCGAGCAGCUUCUACGACCCUGUUGCGAGCGGAACGCAUCAAGCUGAUGGAAAAGCAAAACGGGCGUUCGAUGCAGAUGCCACUAGGAACGUCGAGCCACAGAGUGGAGGUGUCGCCAUGAUCGACGGGGAGGGAUUCGACACAGACUGGGAAGCGCUUGGUUUUGGCUACCGAAUGACUACGCCAACGCACCACAGAGGUUCCACGCCAAUGUUUGCCGACUCAGUCAAUCAGCAACAGCAGCAGGACUUUGGGAGUGUGCGAGGUGGCUUGCAGCAGACUGGUCAAUCUGCGUACAUCAAUCGCGAAGCCCCAGGCUUUGAUUAUCGAUAUCUCGAUUCUCACAUGGGUUUCUGA